AUGAUGGACCUGUUCGAGGCGGGCUCGUACUUCUUCUUGCUGGACGGGGAGGCGGGCGGCCUGCAGGCGCUGGACGGGGCCGGGGGCUCGCCGCUGUACCCGGGCAGCGAGGGCCCGCCGUCGCCCUCCUCCUGCUGCCCCGAGCCGCCGGGCCCGGCGGCGGCGGCGGGCGGCGGCGGCGGGGAGAGCAGCGGCGGCGAGGAGGAGCAGCAGCAGCACGUGCUGGCGCCGGCGGGCCUGCAGGCGGCCCGCUGCCCGGGCCGCUGCCUGGCGUGGGCCUGCCCGACGUGCAAGCGCCAAGCGGCGCCCGGAGACCGGCGCAAGGCGGCCACGCUGCGCGAGCGGCGGCGCCUGAAGAAGAUCAACGAGGCCUUCGAGGCGCUCAAGCGGCGGACGGUGGCCAACCCCAGCCAGCGCCUGCCCAAGGUGGAGAUCCUGCGCGGCGCCAUCGGCUACAUCGAGCGCCUCCAGCAGCUGCUGCGCCGCCUCGACCAGCACGACCAGGGCCGCCCGCUGCUCCGGCCCGACGACGACGACGACGCCGCCUUCGCGCCCCGGACGCCCGACAUGCCCCCUCCCGACUUCCGGAGCACCUGCGGCGCCGACUGGCCCAGCGGCUCGGAGCAUUCCAGGGCGCGGCCCCUCGGCCCCAAGGAAGGAGCGCCCCUCGUCGACUCUUCCGCUUCCAGCAGCCUUCGUUGCCUCUCCUCCAUCGUGGACAGCAUCUCCUCGGAAGACCGCAAAGUCCCCAACGGGGAGGAAGUGGUGGAGAAGUAG